GUGGAAGGUUAAACUUAACUUGGAGAUGGUCUAUAUAAUGAUCAUGGAACAUUGAGCAUUACACAUCCACAAACAACUUAAGUACUAUUAAACAUUUCUUUCAUGGCUUCAUACAUGAAUCACUUCAGCUUGUUGCAAGCCAUCUCCCUUUUAUACUUUUUUUUCACACUCACCUGCAUUGGAUCAUCCCUAAGCCAUGAUCAGGAAUGCUCAGCCUUGUUUCAGUUUAAGCAAAGCAUGAUUUAUCCAGAUGAUGAACCGUUUUGUGGUGCUAGUUGGUUUCAAACAUUCCACUCCUGGAAGCCCACCAGUAAUGCAUCAAAUGCUGGUUUUGAUUGUUGUUCAUGGUAUGGGGUGGAGUGCAGCAAUGACCAUGAGUAUGGUCAUGUGAUCGGCCUUGACUUAGACGGAUGCUCUCUUUGUGGGCAUAUCAAUUCUACCAGCACCCUCUUCAGCCUUGUUCAUCUUCAAAGCCUCAACCUUGCCUUCAACUACUUUUAUGAAUCUCAAAUCCCAUCUGAGAUUUCUCAUUUAAAGCAAUUAAGAAGCCUCAAUCUCUCUUAUUCUGGGUUUAGUGGCCAUGUCCCAAAUGAGAUCUCACAGUUGAUGCACUUGUCGUCUUUAGAUCUGUCAUUGAAUCCACUAAAGCUUCAAAAUCCUUCUGGCCUCAAAAACCUAGUGCAAAACUUAACAGGACUCGAAGAACUCCAUCUCUCAUGGGUUGACAUUAGUUCUUCUGUACCUCAUUUCUUGGCCAACUUUUCUUCUUUGAGGUCAAUCACGCUAGAAAACUGUUUGCUUCAAGAUGAAUUCCCUGCAGCCAUUUUUCAGCUACCGAAGUUGAAAAUUCUUGAUUUGGCAUUAAAUACAAACCUCACAGGCACCUUUCGUGAGUUUCGUAACAGCAGCUUACUUGAACUUGUGCAUCUACAUUUAACAAGUUUUUCCGGGAUUUUACCAGAAUCCAUAAGCAAUCUAAACCAUUUGACAUUCUUGAGCGUUUCGAAUUGCUCUUUCACAGGGCACAUUCCAGGUUCACUCUCUAACAUGACACAACUCACUAAACUAUCUCUUGGUGGGAAUAAGUUCACAGGAUUUGUUCCUUCCUUGGUAAGUCUUUCGAAACUCAUCAUUUUAGAUCUCAGUGAUAACAGAUUUGAAAAGGGGGUCUUGCCCAACUGGCUUGGCAUGCUGGCUGAACUUGAAGAGCUGCAUGUAUACGAUACUAACAUAAACAGUAAAAUACCAGCCUUUCUUGCAAACCUAACAAAACUUAGUGUUGUUGCGAUGGGAAUAAAUUCUUUUACGGGUCAUAUACCAUCCUGGCUUUUCAACCUCACCCAACUAUCAUUUAUAGACCUUCAACGAAAUCAACUGCAAGGACCAAUUUCAAGUUCAUUUUCCAACUUUAAAAGUCUUAAAGUUUUUCAAUUUAGCUUCAAUAAUUUCAGUGGGAGUGUAGACGUAGACAUGUUCUUAGGACUCAACAAACUCGAAAUGCUCGACUUAGGUCAUAACAUGAUAUCAUUAGUGGCCACCAACAAUUACACCAAUAGCACCUUACCGGAACUUAAAAUCUUAGCACUGUCGACAUGUAACUUGAAGGAAUUCCCUGCCUUUUUGCGUUUCCAAAAUAAAUUGGAACUCUUAUUUCUCGAUCGAAACAAGAUUGAUGGCAUGGUACCAGUGUGGAUCUGGAACAACAGCAAAGAAACAUUACAUGCGGUUGACCUUUCAUACAACUCCAUCACAGGCUUUCAUCAGUAUCCUCAAUUUCUACCAUGGAGCCGUUUACAAGUAUUUUUGAUCAAGAAUAAUCAGUUACAAGGGAAGUUACCAAUUCCACCACAAACCACAGUUGUUUAUGUAGCCUCAGAUAACAAUCUGACUGGAGAAAUACCACCAUUGAUAUGUGAAGUGAAAUCUCUGCGCUUAUUACGUUUGUCUUCUAACAACAUGAGUGGAACUCUUCCUCCAUGUUUGGGUAACCUAUUCAAUUCAUUGUUGGUUUUGGAUCUGAGCAGAAAUAACUUUCAUGGCAUAAUGAUGAAUGUGUUUAUGUAUGGAAGCCAGUUGAAAUAUAUUGAUUUUAACAAAAAUCAGUUUACGGGUGAGCUACCAAGAUCAUUGACAAAUUGUACCAAUUUAGAGUUUCUCAAUCUUGGAGAUAACUCGUUCCAUGACAUCUUUCCUUCUUGGUUGGGAAAUCUUCCCAACCUGCAAGUUCUCUCGUUGCGGGCUAACAAAUUUUAUGGGCCGAUUCAAUCUUCGACAACUGUUUCCUCACAGUUCCCUAAGUUGCGGAUCAUAGACCUCUCUAACAACGAUUUUAGUGGCCAACUGCAUCAAAACUACUUCCAAACUUGGAAAGCCAUGAAAUCAGUUUAUGCUAGCAAAUCAUCUGUUAUGGAAUCAGAUAUGACCAUUAUACCGUUCGGUACAAAAGAUACAUUCAUAAGGGCUUUAUACAGUUACAGUAUGACAAUAAUACACAAAGGUGUUAGAACAAAGUACGAAAAGAUUCUAACCAUAUUCACGGCUAUUGAUCUCUCUUGUAACCAUUUUGAAGGAGAAAUCCCACCAUCACUCCAAGAUCUUCGAGGCAUUGAAUCCCUCAAUCUUUCCAACAAUCAGUUUACUGGACGUGUCAUGCCAUCUUUCGGGUACCUAAAGAAACUUGAAUCUUUGGAUCUUUCCCAAAACCACCUAUCCGGAGAAAUUCCCCAACAGUUGGUGCAACUCAACUUCCUUUCCAUUUUCAACGUGUCAUUCAACCAUCUUGAAGGGCAAAUACCACAAGGUCAACAAUUUGAGACAUUCGAGAACGACUCCUACAUGGGGAAUCCACAAUUGUGUGGAAAACCUUUAUACAACGAAUGCCAAGGUUCAAUGCCAUCAAGGCUUCCACCGGCAAGCAAUAUGUCCGAGGCCGAGUCUCUCCUCCCAAAUGAAACAAUCGAUUGGAUCUUUGUAUUCUGUGGAGUUGCAAGUGGAUUGGUUGUUGGGGUUGUUAUUGGAAACUUUCUAUAUGAAAGGUAUAGUGAUCGGUUCACAAAGAGGAAGAACAGAUGGGUGAGGCCACUUCGUCACACAAGGAGAAACCAAGAUAAAAAGCCAUGAACUUAGCUGCGUAAAACAUACAUUAUCAUAUAUCUCAGGAGGUAUCAUAUCUUCACAUUCAAAGGGCAAGGAGAAGAUGUAGAAGAGCUUCAAGGGAUUUUAGUCUGUUAAACCAUUAUGCGUGUGUGUGUUUUAAGUGUAAGACUGUGUUGGUUUGAACUGGAUUUCUUUGAGUUAGACUUUAAUUGAUAUAUCAUUUAGUAA